AUGUCAGCGGAACGAAGCGCUUUCUCAUGUGAUACAUUUGUUGUUUUACCACCAUUAACAGAUUCAAAUUUUUGUAUAUUUGGUAAAAAUUCUGAUCGUCCAGAAAAUGAAGUUCAAGAAGUUAUUUUUGUUUCUGAUGAACAUACAAGUGAUAAUAAAGAUUAUGUUCAAUGUACUCAUAUACAAGUUCCACAGAUAUCAAAAACUUAUCGAUGUGUUUUAUCAAAGCCAGCUUGGUGUUGGGGCGCAGAAAUGGGAGCUAAUGAACAUGGUGUAUGCAUUGGAAAUGAAGCUGUAUUUUCAAAAGUACCAUAUGAAACACGAGAGAAUGCAUUAACUGGUCUUGAUAUUGUUCGGUUAGUAGUUACUAUAAAAAGCUUAGAGAAUAUUGAAUAGACAUCGUUUUAAUAUUAAAAGUUCGAGAGAAAAAAAUAAUUCAAGUUAAAUUUUUAAAUUUUUGAAAAAAAACUAUUUUGUUUUAUUUGCACUUAAAUUGAAUAAAACAUUUUUUAUAAUCAUAUGUUCGAAGUAGACAAACACCUUAGAUAAGAAUAACAUUCGUAAAAAUUUAUUCUAAACAUUGGAAUGUCAGUAUGGUAUGAUAGUACUGAGAAAAGUGUUGUUAAGUAUUACAGAAUCACUAUAUCUUCUAAAAUACUCGUAAAAAAUAAAUUACGAAUAUUAACAUGACUUUUGAUUUAAAACUAUCACACUAGAUUCACUGUCUUCCAUUAAAAGCUGAGUCCUGAAUUCGUAUUACGAUGGUUACAUUAACAAAUAGUAGUACUUUCUGAUCAUGAAAAGUUUAAAAACAUCUUGACAUACCUUUUGUUCCAAAUAUUACUAGGCGUUUCUUUGUACGAUCGUUGUUUUGAUAAAUAGAUUCGAAAUUCAGUACAGUAUGACAAACCUAACUGUAAUUUUCGGGAUGAUAUUAAAAUCCCGAAGAAAAAACCUCAUAAACAAGAAUAAAGAAAAAAGGAAAUCUCGAAAAGCCAGAAGAUCAAAAGAGAAAAUUUCGAAAAACCAUCUUGAGGGUGUGGGU